GCAAAGAUGCUAGAGUUUGGAGCAUCAUUACAUUCUUACUUGCUCAGGCGAAUUAUGAAAAUUCAAAGACGUUCUUGAACUUGAUGCUAGUCGUGGGAGACAUAUCUGAACACGUGGAAUUUCAAAGAGCUAUUCGGUUGUUGAAUUCCAGAAGAAAAUUCAAUGUCCUUCUAGCACAGCCUCCUCAAAACGCAUCAGCAGGAGAGGAGGAGGAGGAGGUUUUUGAUAAAGAAUGGCUUUCCUCCCGUCUUGAAGCUGGAGAACAACUUAUCAACAAGUUGGGCAUAGGGAAAACUUUUGAUAAGGAAGAACCACCACCACCUUUGGAUCAAAUUCCGAAACCUCUUCCUCCUUCUCAUCAGGAUCAGGUUGCUAAGGUGCCAUUUAAUAUUGCAAUACCAAAGGAUGGUUACGCAUUUUCCUUUAGUAGAAAUAUGGCCAAGAGAGCAAGAACAUGUGUCUUCUGGGACACCAGGGCUUACCCACUCCCUCCUGGUCUCCAUUCCUUUGAUGUUUGGCAAAACAUAAAAGAUGCUCUUUCUGAAAGGGGUUAUUUUGGCUAUGUCUCAAUCACGUCUUUUCUUGAUGUUCACCCCUGCCCCCCAGGAUUUUCUGGAUGUGAUAACGUCUCUUACCUAAAAGAUGGAGAUAGAGAUGCGCGACAUUGGCAGAUUGCACUGCGCCUGCUUGCUGCUGCUCGUUGCACUAGUAUUGAGCCAGUAAAUCAUAUGCUACUCCUGGGAGACAUCUCAGGACACAUUGAGCUCUUAAGGAUAAUUUACCUGUUGAAUUUAAGAUUUUCCUACAAUGUUAUCUUAGCUCAGCCUCCUUGUCAAAACGACGCAUCAUCAGGAGGACAGCUACUUGGUAAGGACGGUAUCUGCUCAAGCCUCUCAGCUGGAGACAAACUUCUAAGCCAAAUCGAACAAAAAAUGAAGACAAGUGUACCACCGUUGACUCCUUGGCAGGAGCUAUUAAAAGCUGCAAACUCGGUCGUCUUCUGGGACCUGGUGGAUUGCCCAAUACCUGUUGGUCUCACUGCUACUGAGGCUUCACAAACCAUUAGAUCGGCCUUUGAGAAAAUGAAUUAUCGUGGUACUCUUACCAUCCAUGCUUUUGGCCAAGAUCCGCUUGUCUCAGAACCAAGAGAUGUGGAGUAUACUACUGAUGAAAACACAACCACACCCACACACGCACCCGCACCCGCAGGUGAAUUCCUUGAAGACAUGAAUCAAUCCGGAAUCGUGUUUCAUCACACACCCACAGCACAUAAAGACGCUAGACGUGAGAUGAUACGUGAGGAACUACGCGACUGGGUAGUUGGUAAUGAUUCUCCAGCAAAUGUGAUUGCUAUCUUGCGAGACAUCUCUGGUGACAAGGACUUUGCCCGUUAUCUUAGCGUAUUGAGAUCGAUAGAUUAUAAUGUCGUCAUAGCACAGCCUCAAAACGCAUUAGGCCAGCUUUCCGAUUUGGAAUGGCUUUGCUCAAGACUUGGAGACAUAUUUCUCCCUCGAUCCAGACACUCAGACUCCUACACACUGCGAAAAGUUCAAUAGCUUGGUAGCGCCUGCAUCCCUACAAAUUCUGAUUUUGUUAGCUUUUCGGUGCAGAAUGGUUUUUGCUCAACUUGCUACUAAUUCCCUCCAAAUUAAUCUUUUGUUUGUUCGACUUGUUUUUUAUUUUAACUUUUAUUUCGUUGGCAAAAGAAAAAAAAACUUCGUUGUGUAAUACUUGCCUCUUUUGCAAAAGGUUAGCAAGUUUUUUGCUUGGGGUCAGUUUGUUCGAAACUUUUCGUUAUUUUGGUGGA